AUGCUCAAACCCAAGGACCUGUGCCCCCGAGCGGGCACCCGCACCUUCCUGGAGGCCAUGCAGGCGGGCAAAGUGCACUUGGCCCGCUUUGUGCUGGACGCGCUGGACCGCAGCAUUAUCGACUGCCGCGCGGAGCAGGGCCGCACACCACUCAUGGUGGCCGUGGGGCUGCCGGACCCCGCCAUGCGCUCGCGCUUUGUGCGGCUGCUCUUGGAGCAGGGAGCUGCCGUGAACCUGCGGGACGAGCGCGGCCGCACAGCACUCAGCCUGGCCUGCGAGCGAGGCCACCUGGACGCCGUGCAGCUCCUGGUGCAGUACAGCGGCGACCCCGAGGCCGCCGACUCGUCGGGUAACAGCCCCGUGAUGUGGGCAGCCGCGUGCGGCCACGGAGCGGUGCUCGAGUUCCUGGUGCGCUCCUUCCGCCGCCUGGGUCUGCGCCUGGACCGCACCAACCGCGCGGGCCUCACGGCCUUGCAGCUGGCCGCCGCGCGCGGCCACGGGACCUGCGUGCAGGCGCUCACCGGGCCCUGGGGUCGGGCCGCGGCCGCCGCGGCUGCCCGGGGCUCCAACUCCGACAGUCCCCCGGGCCGCCCGGCCCCCGCGCCGAGCCCGGAGCGUCGACGACCCAGCCCACGCCGCUUGCCUCGGCCUCUCCUGGCACGCUUUGCGCGAGCGGCGGGAGGCCAUGGUCACGGUCACGGUCACAGCGGCGAGGCCGCCCCAGUGGGCAAAGGCUCGGGCCGGCACCGGGCACCGGGUAGUGAGCGGCCAGAGUUGGGCCGCAGCAUGAGCCUGGCGCUGGGAGCCAUGACCGAGGAGGAGGCCGCCCGCCUAAGGGCGGGGGCCCUCAUGGCCCGACCAAACUCUCCCCAGUCUUCGGGGACCGGCCGGUGGCGUUCGCAUGAGGUGCUGGAGGGAGCACCCCCAAGUUUAGUGCAAGUCCCUAUCGGCCUUAGUCCCCACCCUGAGGGCGGCCCUGGCUCUGGCCGCCUGGGUUUGCGCCGACGCUCCACAGCCCCAGACAUCCCCAGCUUGGUUGGGGAGGGUUCGGGACCCGAGAGCGGCCCAGAGUUAGAGGCCAACGCUCUGCCCCUCUCGGUCCCAGGGCCUAAGCCUUGGCAGGGGGGCACCGAGGCUGUAGCGCUGCACGCCCAGCGGUAA